AAACAAGAAGAUACCAAACCAAGCCUCCCACCCAAACAAAAAGGGAAGCUUUUUUUCAACCAAAAAAGGAUAAAAGGAGAUAAGGGCACUCAAAUAUCCAUAUGUCAAAGCAAUCCCUGCCUUGAAGCUAUGAAAGAGGAAGAUCAAGGAGAGUUUUCUCAUAACUUUCAGAACCUUCAAGCCUACUAUGGAGGUGGAGGAUUGAAUAGUGUUGUUCCAGAAGUUUCCUCAAUCCAGCUUCCAUGGUCUCUACCUCCAGCCCACUCCUACAACCCGCCCCACUACCAGGCCCGGGACCAUGACCCGUUUCUACUCCAUCAUCCUCAGCCUCCUCCCUCUUAUUCUAGCUUGUUCAAUAGAACAGCUCCCGCACUGCAGUUUGCUUAUGAUCAUGCCACGUCAACAGCUGAUCAUCUUCGGAUCAUAUCAGACGCUCUUGGACCGAUGGCUGCCGCUGGUGGCUCAGCUCCUUUCGGACUCCAAGCCGAGCUUAACAAAAUGACCGCCCAAGAAAUCAUGGACGCCAAGGCCCUCGCGGCUUCCAAGAGCCACAGCGAAGCUGAGCGAAGAAGAAGAGAGAGAAUCAACAACCAUCUCGCUAGGUUACGCAGCCUUCUCCCCAGCACCACCAAAACGGACAAGGCUUCUUUGUUAGCCGAGGUGAUACAGCAUGUGAAGGAGCUGAAGAGGCAGACUACAUUGAUCGCUGAAACGAGUCCGGUGCCAACGGAAAUCGACGAGUUGACGGUGGAUGCAGCGGAUGAGGAUGGUAGGUUUGUGAUAAAAGCGUCGCUGUGUUGCGAAGACAGGACUGAUUUGUUGCCGGACAUUAUCAAGACAUUGAGAGCAUUGCGUUUGAGGACAUUGAAAGCGGAGAUUACGACGCUUGGCGGGCGUGUUAAGAAUGUUCUUUUUAUUACUGGAGAUGAAGAUCAACAGCAGCAGUACUCAAUAAGUUCAAUACAAGAAGCGUUGAAGGCUGUGAUGGAGAAGACUGGUAAUGGUGAUGAUCAGUCUUCUUCAGGUAAUGUUAAGAGACAAAGAACCAAUAUUAAUAUCACAGAACUUUAAACCUAGUUUUGGUUUUUGUUUGUGGGGGCCGGGUUGGUUUACUUUCUUUUUCUUCUUCACAUUCUUCCCCUCUUGGUUUUAUUUAGGGUCUGCUGACGUGUAUUUUUAGCUAUGAAGAAAACAGUUAAUGGUGGUGUGUUUUGUCUACUUGCAUGUAAUGUUAUCAUAAUCGACCAGUA